AUGAGUGCACUUGCACGCUUUACUCGACCCGUCGAUGGCACAAUUCCGGUUCCGGCCCUUCUGUACGACGACGAGCGCCUUCUUGCGAGCCAAGAAGGCGUUGGUCUAUAUGACGGCCCGAACAAAUCACCCGCGCACCAGUCCGGUACAGUCCAUAUCACAUCUCACCGACUUUUCUUCAUAGCCGGUGCUGUCUCCUCUUCCCCACUGCACGCACCGCCACCAAAUGUCGAACUCGGCGCUUCUGUCUCACUAUCAUUGGACACAAUUUCGCACACCGAAAGCUACACCGGCUUUUUUAAGAGCUCUCCAAAAGUAACAUUACAUCUGCGAGCUACUGCAGAGGAAGUUGGCGCAGAAACAAUAUCAGAGAGUACCUUUGAAUUAUGGGAAUGUGAGAUUUGUGGGUAUCGCAAUCCACCAGGCCUAUCUCCUGCAGCACGAAAUUCAUGCGGACUAUGUGGGAUGCCUCGUUCUAUCUCAUCCUCUGGCACGCCUUCAUCAUCUACCCCCAAACCCACCGCUCCUUUAUCAUCAUCACCUUCCUUAAUAUCAGACGGCUUCCGCGAAAGUGAAAGAAGUCAACGGCAAAGACGUAAACCGAGUGCAAUAGCAUGUGCAGUUUGCACCUUCCUCAACCAUCCAUAUCUACGGGAGUGCGAAAUGUGCGGGACACCCUUACCUACAGCGGAUAGAACCACCGACCCAAUAUCUGAUCCGGCUUCGAACCAUGGUUCAGGAGCCCUGCACGUCACCUCAAAAUCGGCGCCGACUUCAAGACCGUUAAGCUUUCGGAAGGGCGGUGAUAAGGCUUUCUACGCUGCGCUAAAAACUGCUUUGCAGCAAAAGGAGUGGGAGGUUCGAUGGAAAUCCGGGGGUGGAUCACAGUCCCACUUACCGUCUGGUCUUUCCGGGAUCAGUAAGUUCAUAUGCGGAAUCCUACAAAAUAUCGAUACGACUGCUUUACGCACAGAGCGCGGGAUGUCAGAUGCAUUUGAAGAUUUAGAGGCGCUCAUGUCUAAAGCGCAAUAUAUGGUUCGUCUCGCAAAGGGGUUGAACGAACAGCUCACUGCUGCGUCGAGGAACCCAAACCCAAAUAGCAACGGUGUUGAGCCGCUUGAACCUGAAGAAGCGACUUUCGUUCGAUCAUCCCUAGGUCAACUAGGACUGAAUAUGAAGAAUACUGCAGUGACUGCAGAUAUGAGUAACGACGAACGAAAGUAUCUCGACCAGCUCGCUGCUGAGCUAGCGAGCGUCCUAGAAGGCGGGUCUGAUAUAGGUCCGAGAAGACAAGGUGAAGAACAGAAAGUUGGGAUAAUGAAGAAACGCGGUAUUAUUGGACUUGAUGAAGUCUGGGGAGGGUGGAACCGUGCUCGAGGUGUUGCACUUAUAUCCCCAGAAGUCAUGCUCAAAACCCUCCCCUUCCUCCCUCACUACACAACCCCACCAAUCACCACACGCAUCCUCUCCUCAGGCCUUCGCGUCCUACACACUCCAGCAUAUUCAAUACCAGCCUUCUCCACACGCCUCGUCGCCCAACUCGUAACAUCCGGUCCACGCACAACUUCGCGAAUCGCAGAGGACGAGGCACUGAGCGUUGGCUUAGUCGAAGAACUUGUAAGUGAGGUAGAGGAGAAGGGAGAUAUUUGUAGGGAAGAUCCCUUGACGGUUAUGGCUGUUGAUGCUGAAAGUGGCGACGGUGGUGGUGGUGGGAUGAGCGUUGGGAUCGAGGUGAAGUGGUGGCCGAAUGUGUUCGUUGGGUAUGCCUGGGACGGGCAGGAGGAAUAAGAAUUUCCUUCCCAUUCCCCUUAUACCUGAGCGUCUAUUUUUUGUUCUCUAUGUUUGCAUUAGAGUAAUGUAUCGUAUAGCUUGGACAUAUAUGUAGCUCUAUCGUUCGUAAUAUUAAAUCGUAUGAUACCC